AUGAGGCACCGAGAGGAUAGAGGCACAGAGGCCAGUGAAAAUGCUCAAAAGGCAAUGGCAAAUUUAUCGAUGAACAAUUCUUCGAACCAUACUAACGAUGGACAAACUGCAAAUAAUGAUCGGAAUCAGGGAGUACCACCAAAGGAGAGUCAUCAUAGUGUAAGACAUCAAACAGGCAAGCGCGAUCGCGGUCCCAGCGCCCACAGAACCGAAGAAUCGUCAAAGAAACCUGCCACUCAUUCUACCAAGACUGAAGCUUCCAAGACUAGCUCUUCAAAUUCUAGAAAAUAUCCCACUACCAGCUCUUCGAAUACCCCCAAGCCUCUCGCUACCAGUUCUUCAGAUUCAAGAAAGCAUCCCGCUUCUAGCUCUUCAAAGCCUUCUGAGCGUUUCAUUACUACUGCAAAUUCUGUAAUACACCCUACAUUUGGCUCUUUGGGUCUCCCCCCGCCUUCCUCUGGCAGCUAUCCAGAUACUAUAGAAUCGCCCGCUGUCAGCUCUUCAAGCUCUCCCAGCCCUUCUCCUAUUAGUGCUCCUACACAUAAUAGACAUCCCACUGCCAGCUCUUCAAAGCCCACCAAACCCCACACUACUAGUACUUCUACCGCCAACCCUCCUCCCAUCGUUACAGGCUCUUCGAAUUCCACCCGCGCAUCAGGAUCUAAAUCCAAGACCGAACAAAAGCUUCACAAACAGGACGCGAACGGAACUUUCUAUUGCGAAAAAGGCUGUGUAGAUAAACUCUUCAUCAAUGCGGAUAAACUCAAACGACAUUACAAUAAAGAGCAUUCGGAAAAUAAGUCAGCAUUUACAUGCCCACUUGGUAAAGACUGUACAGAUAUUGUUUUCUCUCGUAAGGACAGUGUGAACAGACAUUUUAUCUCGAAAACACAUAUAGACGCCCAGGCAAGACAUGAUAAAGACAAAAAGAACAAGAAGUAA